AUACCCCAAUUCCAGCUUAUAGGCCACCAUCAUCCCUCUCCGCCGAACAAAUCCAGGCCGUCAUGGGCUUCACCACGGGUUUUCUCGGCGGAUUUACGCUCACCUCUGCCGUCCUGUACCUGACUGUCGCGCUCCACCAGAAGAACCGCGCCACGCAAGCUUCGCUGCUCCGCCAACAGCGGCUCGUCCUCUCCACACUUGUCGAACCACAACCACCCGCGCUGGAGCCGACGCCCAGGGAAACCCCGGUAGGAUUGACAGAAACAUUGAAGGACAUGUGGAAUAGGAAACUGGAGGGAGCAGUGCGAACAAUGUAUGAGACCGACUGGAGGAGAGUAAGAGAAGAUGCGGAGGACAAGGUCAGUGGGAUUCUGGAGAAGAUAAGAGAGACGAAAUAGGUACGGCCACGAGCGUGGAUUGCUGUAAGAAGUGGAACUGGUGGCUUUUCUCGUGCGGAGAUACCCAUUUAGCUUUGUGGAUGCAGGUCGGUGCGAGAGAUGCAGUAUAUGAAGACCCGGAGACUGCGUGUCGGGGCCCGUCUCCGGACUGCUACGAUCGAACCCAAAAAGGCACGCACCAGCGCUUCUCACUGUCAUUUGGUGGUGCCCUAUUCUUCUCUCUUCUCCUGACUUGCCCGCACCUUUCAUCUUCACUUUCAUCACACCCACUCAACUUUCUAUUGUCAUCGCUACAUCAACAAUGCACGGACCAAGCCCUUUCUGCGACCUCAACUUCACCUUCAGAAAAACU